CUGAGCUGAUUCAUCCCCGUCGUGUCUCCAAGUCUAUAUAUGUUGGCGUCAAACACUCCCAGUGUACUGAUGCUUAGCAAGAACAUAAAGUCUUUAUUUAUCACCGCUUAUAAAACGUUCCAUGGCAUGAACAGAAGACAUUGAAGAAAUCUAUAGUUUCCCACUCUGUAUUUUGACAAACAAUAUGAAAUGCCUCUACGUGAAAUAGACUAAAGCAGCGAUGAAGUAUCUGAGGCCAGAGUUAGCCACGCUGUUGUUGAUAUACCUACUAAAGCUAACAGACGCACAGUCAGCAUGCCCAGACGACCAAAUCAGAAUAUAUGUGUUAAUUAACAAAAUCCGGUUUACCUGUUGCGUUCCACGUGCAGUUAGAACGGUCGCACGAUGUACUAAAACUGGCGGUUAUGUCACCGUAACCACUACUCCACCCAUGACUACACUUAGACUGAUUACAAAAGACCAAACAUUUAUUACUAGACCUAUAGUGACUGCAAACAUCCUUUCCACGCUCAAACAAACCACUACUACUAAUACACCUACAAUGACCACCCAAACCACGCAAACCACACCAACCACCAUCACAACAAUCCCAGAAACCACUACUUCCGGAAACGACGAAGACGAGGGGUCAGGUGAUGAGACCAACCUAGGUAACGUAGGGGAAGGACAGGACGAGCCGGACAGUGCCUCGACCGGGCUGUCUAUAGGGAUACCCCUGGCUGUACUAGCGGUUGUCGUUGCGGCAGUACUGCUAGUAAGGGUCAGGUACAAAAGAAAGAAGGAAGUCAAUGGGGAUACAAACAAACUGACAGCUAACGGUCGGGUAUUCGUCAAACACCCGAAGGGAGACAACAGUGCCGCAAAUGAUGCCGAGUAUCAAGAUUUUGAGCAGAACGUGCGCACUUCUCCACCGCAGGAUACCUAUGACAGUCUCCAUCUCUAUGGAAAUACGGCUGAAACGCCUCAUGCGUAUGAACAAGUACCCGAAAAACGGGACACGCUCCCUUACGAGUCUUUGCACGUAUACAGCAACUCCCAUAUGGGACAGCCGGACUACGAUACUCCCACGUCUCGCGUUAUGUACGCAAACCUGAAAGUUCAGUUUCAAACGUGAAAUCCUGUAUGUAUGCGUGUUCAAACUUGCCUUCACAGAGAGUAUACGUGUUAAAACAGUUUGUAAUAAAUCACGUUUGGAAGGGAAACGUCUCAGGAAAACUUGCAGUAAAUCCCGUUCAUUCUCGAAAGGGAACGUUCUUUGGGAAAUACUCUAAAUCAGAUCAUUUCCGAAGAGUUCGUUUGCGAACAAUUACUGUGAAUCAGUUCAUAUUCGGAUGGAAACGUCUUUGGGAAAAAUACUGUAAUCUCUGUUCAUUUUCAAAGGGGAAACGUGUGUGGAAAUAUAGAGAAUCACAUCUAUUUUCGAAGGGGAUACGUCUGUGGAAAUUGCUAAUAUCAGUUAACUUUCGCGCAUCAUCGCGUAUUCUGUAUAUGAUCCGUAGUAAGAUUGUUUUGAAACACGGUUAUCACCGAACAUGUGCUAUAUGGUAAGUUAGUCAUUUGCUAAAAUGUGAGUUAACAAUAUACUAAAAUGCGAGUUAGCGAUAUACUCAAAUGUGAGUGAGCGAUUUACUAAAAUGUGAGUAAGCGAUAUCCUAAAAUCUGAGUUAGUAAUAUACUUUAAUGCGAGUUUGCGAUACGCUAAAAUGUGAGAUACAAAUGUAGCUAUAUACUAUAAUGUGUAUUAGUGAUAUACUAAAAUGGGAGUUAGCGAUAUACUAAAAUGUGGGAAAGUUACAAUUUUGUAUAUACUACAAUGUGUAUUAGUGAUAUACUAAAACGUGAGUUAGCGAUAUACUAAAAUGCGAGUUGACUAUAUACUAUAAUGGGGUGCUAUAAUGUGAGUUAGCUAUUACUAUAAUGUGAGUUAGCGGUAAUACGUAUACUAAAAUGUGAGUUAGCUAUAUACUAUAAUGUGACUUAGCAAUAUACUAUAAUGUGAGAUAGCAAUAUACUAUCAUGCGAGUUAGCAAUAUACUAUAAUGUGAGUUAGCUAUUACUAUAAUGUGAGUUAGCAAUAUACUGUAAUGUGAGUUAGCUAUUACUUUAAGGUGAGUUAACGAUAUACUAUAAUGUGAUUUAGCUAUAUACUUUAAUGUGAGUUAGCGAUAUACUUUAAUGUGAGUUAGCAAUGUACUAAAAUGUGAGUUAGCUAUUACUGUAAUGUGAGUUAGCGAUAUACUAAAAUGUGAGAUAUAAAUGUAGCUAUAUUCUAUAAUGCGAGUUAGCUAUAACUAUUAUGUGAGUUAGCGAUAUGCUAAAAUGUGAGCUAGCAAUAUGCUAAAAUCGUGAGUUGGCGAUAAACUAAAAUGUGAGUUGGCGAUAAACUAAAACGUGAAUUAGCGAUAUACUUUUCAAGUGAAUUAGCUUUAUACUUUAAUGAGAGUAAGCAAUAAACUAUGACACGAGUAAUCAAUAUUCUGUUUGAAUCAGGGAUUUACUAUGAUGUUAAUGAACUUAAACAUGUUUACCUCGCAACGUAUAUAUCAAUGCCUUUUGUAUUUUAAUGGUAUAUUGUAUAGUGACGUGAAUUGUAUAGUUAUAUUUCAGUGUUGCAUGGAAUACUGACAUAUUAUCAACUUGACAAAGGUUUUUAAUUUGUUUACAAAGUUGGCUACCUACGCAGUUACACAUUCGCCAGUGGCUUUUAAAGCGAGUUUGACUUGUCUGCAAAAAAUAAGAUGCACAUUAAACAAUGCUUCCAUCAGACUGUGGAUUUUGAAAUCACAACUACAUGGCAUUACAAUUUAGUCUUCAAUGUUUUAAGAAAAUUAGUCCAUAAAUUAGAAAUGUCCCCAAAGCAUAUUAAAUUGCGACAUAAAAAAGGCAUAUCAAAAACGCACAAUUCUGAAAGGAUGUACCGUAUGAUAUAUAAUUUUCUCUCAUACCAACCACCAGAAUAAGCUCAGACCCACGAAAAUGCGUUUGGACUUGCCACUGGCUAGAUUUAGCAUAUUCCAUAUUGGCAAACAGAGUUUGCGCAGGAAAAUUAAUCACAUCUCCCUAGGACGUUUACGGUAAAUACGUAUAUCGUAAAAGGUUUUUAAAUUCUUCACAUCGCCUUUUCGGCAUUGCGCCAUCGGAGUGUUCCAAAUUCGUGACGUUAUUGUCCAGCCAUUGUGACAUCACGGCACGUGAAA